UAUCGCCUCUGAAAAAAGAAAAAGAAACAAAGAGUCUUCCACGAAAUUUUCGUCGAAGUCUAAAAAGAAAAAGUGAAAGGAGAAACUCCUUGGCAAGUGCGCCUCGUGAGUGUACAGUAAAAGAGAAACUUCAAAGAAAGAACAAGGUUCAUAGAGGUUUUGAUUUAAUCAUUUUCAACCUCACAUUCACCGUUCACAUUGCAGCAGCCACCGAGAAACUAUCUACUUGAGAGUUGAGAUCUCGUAUCUACAAUACAGAAGCAAGCAAGCAAAAUAUGGCUUUUCUGAUCAAUGAAGCAGCAGCCAGUUCUUCAUCUUCUUCUCUCCCUCUUUCUUCUACUAAUCACCAAAAUCAUUACACAUACGAGGUCUUCCUGAGUUUUCGAGGCGAGGAUACGUGCUUUAAUUUUACGGAUCAUUUGUACAACGCUUUGUGUCGGAAGGGAAUUGAGACCUUCAGAGAUGCUGAUAAGCUUAGAAGAGGAGAAGACGUAUCACAAGAGCUCCUCAAAGCAAUUGAGGAGUCCAGAGUUUCAAUCGUCGUCUUCUCUCAAAACUAUGCUUCCUCAACGUGGUGUUUGAAUGAACUGGUCAAGAUACUUGAAUGCAGAAAAUCAAAAAGACAAGAGGUCAGACCGGUUUUCUACAAAGUGGCUCCCUCAGAUGUACGACACCAAAGAGGCGCCUUCGGUGACGCAUUUGCUACGCUUGGUUGCAGAUACGAGGAUAGCAUGGACAAAUGGAAGACAGCUCUCAAGGAAGCAGCAGAUUUGUCUGGAUGGCCUUUGAAGGAUGGCGAGUACGAGACCAAAGUCAUCGACGACAUUGUUGAGGAGUUGUUCGCCCAAGUGAUAAACCCUUCAUGUUACUUGGAUGUUGCUGAACAUCCAAUUGGAUUAGCGUCUUGUAGACAAGAUGUCAUCAGACUUUUACAUGCCGAGGAAAAUAUUGUUCGCAUGGUAGGCAUAUGGGGGUCUGGAGGAAUAGGAAAGACCACAAUUGCCAAAGAUGUGUUUAAUUCAAUUUGCCAUAAGUUUCAAAGUAGCUGUUUCUUGGCAGAUGUUAGAUCAAAUGGCCUAGCCCAACUUCAAGAGACGCUUUUGUCGAAUUUUUUAGACUCAACUUUAAAGGUGAGUAGUGUUGAUCAAGGAGUCAAUUUUAUAAAGACAAGGAUGCGACAUAAAAAAGUUCUCUUAAUCCUUGAUGACGUGAGUGAUUCUAGCCAAUUACAGAAAUUAGUUCCUUUCCAUGAUUGUUUUGGGCCUGGCAGUAGAAUUCUCAUAACAACAAGAGAUAAACAUUGUCUAACUGCUCAUCAAGUUGAUGAAGUAUACGAGGUCAAAAUGUUAGAUGAUGAUCAAGCUUUGAAGUUGUUUAGCCUGAAUGCAUUCAGAGAAAAUGGACCUCUAAGCGAUCAUCUGGAACUUGCACGAUGUGCGGUACACUAUGCCCAAGGCCUUCCCUUAGAGUUGAUAGUUUUAGGCUCUCAUCUAUUUGGUAGAAGCAGAGAGGAGUGGGAAGCUACAUUAGAUAGUUGUAAAGGAGAAGAUCCAUACAGCGAGAUAAGAAACAUUCUUAAAAUAAGUUAUGAUGCUCUGGGAGUAGAUUUACAAGGAUAUUUUCUUGAUAUCGCUUGUUUCUUUAAAGGGAAGCUUGUACACGAUGUGAAACCAAUACUAGAAGCUUGCUACGACCUCAAAUCAGUGAAUGGUAUUGCACAACUCCAAGAAAAGGCCUUAAUAAGGAUUGACAAUGAGGCUUUGAUGGGUGGUUGGAUUUGGAUGCAUGACUUGAUAGAAGAAAUGGGUAAAGACAUAGUGUAUAAAAAGUCACCUAAUGAACCCGGGAAACGCAGCAGAGUGUGGAGUGAAGAAGAUGUCGACGACGUUCUAACAAAUAAUACAGGAACAAAGAAAGUUGUAGGCAUUCAGGUCUCGUGGGGAUUAUCUAUGAUAUCUUUGAAUGCUAAAACCUUCUCAAAGAUGAAGAAUCUUAGAUAUAUUUCUAUGAAGAGGAUGAUGAAAUAUGAAUCCUUUUAUGGAGAUAUUGAUUAUCUCUCCAACCAGUUGAGGUGGCUUGAUUGGCCACAUUGUCCGUUGCAAUGUUUUCCAUCCAAUUUUCAUGCAAAGAAACUUGUAAAUCUCGAUAUUUCUUGGAGUCGCGGAAUCACACGACUAUGGGAGGGACAUAAGAAUUUUUCAAGGCUAACAUGUAUGAAUUUAGAGGGCUGUGAAUCCCUAACAGAACUCCCAGCCUUAAGUGGAAUCCCGAACUUGGAAGAGUUGAAUUUAAGUGGCUGUAGAUCCCUAACAGAACUCCAAGACUUGAGUGGAAUCCCUAACUUGAAAAAGUUGAAUUUAGAUGGUUGUACAUCCCUAAAGGAACUCCCAGACUUGAGUAGAAUCCCUAACUUGAAAGAGUUGGAUCUAUUUGGGUGUACCAAUUUAGUUGAGGUUCCUGAUUCAAUUCGAUUCCUUCAUAACCUUGAGACUCUUGAUGCGAGUGGAUGCUCAAAACUGGCUACAUUUCCAAAAAUUCCAGUAAAGAUGGAUUCCUUGAGACGACUCUCUCUUGAAGACAGUGACAUAAGAGAAUUGGAUGAGUCAAUUGAAAAUCUCAUUGGGCUUGAAAGGUUGCAUCUUACUGAUUGCAAAAAUCUCACAACUCUACCAUGCAGCAUUUAUGGGUUGCACAAUCUAAAGACUCUUUAUGCGAGAGGAUGCUCAAAACUGGCUACAUUUCUAAAAAUUCCAGUAAAAAUGGAUUCCUUGAGACUACUCACUCUUAAAGGCAGUGACAUAAGAGAAUUGGAUGAGUCAAUUGAAAAUCUCAUUGGGCUUGAAUAUUUGGAUCUUACUGAUUGCAAAAAUCUCAGAACUCUACCGUGCAGCAUUUAUGGGUUGCAAAAUUUAUGGUUUCUUGAUCUUGGUGAAUGCUCAAAACUUGUCAGAUUUCCAACAAAUACCAAAAUUUUGAAUGUCGAUAGUUGCUCACUAUCACUUCCCAAGCUAGGUGUGUUCAGUAUCGCAGGAUGCAGUUUAUUAUCAGAUUGUGAUUUCCUGAUGACUCUUGAUUGCUGGGAAACAUUACAGUGGCUUAAUCUGUCAAGAAACAAUUUUGUUAGUCUUCCUGCUUGCUUCACCAAAUUUGUCAAGUUGCGUGACCUUGACUUGCGGGAUUGCAAGAGACUCCGAGGAAUUCCGGAGCUUCCACCAAACCGUUUACUACGCAUAAGAGGUUGUGAAUCACUGGAGCAUAGAUUCUCGUCAUUGACAAAUCGUGGAGCUGUGAUAGAGCCAACUCCGUCGUCAUGGCUUUCUUUGUCUUCCGAAACUCCGAAACAACACCGCACUACGGAAGAACCAUCCCCAACACCGGUGAAUCCUCCGAAACGACAACUCACUGCCGCCGGGGGGCAAGCAUCAAUGGUCCAUUCUUCUCAUGAAAUGGCUAUUUCCCAAAUCCCAUUUCUCCGCAGCUCCCCAAUCCCCAUGAUCCCUGACAGUGGCUGGCGUUACUGGCAUUCAUGGCUUUCGUCUGCGAAUGAAGAUUAUCACCAUCAACAAGAGCAACAGGAGCAUCGAUUUCUCCUGGAGCCAAUUCCGGAGCUUCCCCCAUACGCUGGCCUAAACAUAAGUGGUUGUGAAUUACUGGAGAAGCGGCGUCGCCAACAAUUGAAGAGCCAACUCCGUCGUCAUGGCUUUCUUUGUCUUCCGAAACUCUGAAACGACAACGCACUGCCGCCGGGGGGCAAGCAUCAAUGGUCCAUCACUCAAUUAGUCCGCAGCUUCAACACCAAGCAGAGGAACCAACUGAGUUGUUAAGGCUUUCUCUGUCUUCAGAACCAACAAAACAUCGUGGCGCAGUUAAAGGUGAUCAAGACCAGUGGUUCUCUUUGAACUCUGAAGCAUCCACUUCAGAGUUUAGACAAUAAUAUCAUUUAUUUGAGACACAGAGGUUUGAAAUCCCACCUCCUAUUUAGAAAGAUUUCAACAUUUCUCAUAUUUGGGUAUGACCCUGUUUUGAGGCUGUCUUCAUCUGCUAUUUACUCAUCAAUCUUGGGGACUAUAGAUGUUGCACUUGGAAAGGUUACAGACUCUGGCCAAGUUGGCUACAUGGUGAUUGCUGAUCUCCUGAAUUUGAGAUAACUGCAAAUGAGCUAGAGGCAAAGAAGUUCUAGCCUGGCUUUGGCUAAGAAUCUUGCUUCAAGGUGAUGCAGCAGGUGUGUGCUGACCUUCUUGAGGAAAAUGGAAUUGGUUUUUAUUGUUUCUAAGGAUGGAAUUGAUAUUGUGACAGUGGUAUGCUGAUACGAAUGUCGAGCAGUAAGCUACCGAAAGGCAGGCAUUUGAUUGGGGAUAGUGUGGUUUACGAUGUGGGUGUUUGGUUGCCCCGGGAUUUUCAGCCGCGGCUAGAAGUUACCCCUAUAAUUAAGUACGUUUCGGAUCCUCAGCUUGUGUUGGGCCACUAAAUUGUGGUGAAUAAGUCACAUAUAUAUGCUAUGGAUUGAAGCAGGGGAAUAUUCGGGUUUUGAAUACACACACUGCAUUGAGUUCGUUGUUUCAAGCUCAUACACAGGCUUUUGCUUUAUCUCGUGUAUGCUCCUAAUAGAGUGGUUUUUGUGAAGUUGGAUUACUUGCCGAUGAUUAUUAUAUCUUGUUGGCCUAAGCGAUAGCUUGUUCUGUCAGAGGGUCACAAACAUGGCUUUCUUUGCCGAGGAUGCAUGUUCACCUUUUGGCUAGUGUGAGUGUAGAAGGACGGCUUUUUGUGUGCAAAAUUUCUGAAGGUCCAGAUGAAGAAGGUACGCCACAAAUCACAGGAAAGAUUGUUAUGGCCAUUCAAAUAGUUGGUGAGGGGGAAGAUGUUCAUCCACGAGUUUGGCGGCACUGUCAUAAACAAGAGGUUUUGGUUGUUCGGGUUGGGAAGCGUUUCUACAAAUUGUUACUACUAAAGUUUCAAAGGGUGAAGUCCCUUCUGCUGAGGAUCCUAUUAAGUGUCCUGUUGAAAAACUUAUUGAUGGGGUCCAAUUUGUUGGUAAACAUAAUGGAGAGGUGACAGAUUUAUCAAUGUGCCAAUGGAUGACCAACCGGCUGGUUUCUGCUUCUAUGGAUGGAACUGUUGCAGGGCCCUAUGGGCUGCCUUUAACUCCAGCAAGGCGUGCACUUUUCAUUGUGUACCGGACGGCUCUGCCUUUAACUCUCAACCCUGCCCAUUUGAUUUUUUUGAUAUCUUGAUUUUGAGACUUUACGGAUGGAUUGAUGCAUGGCUGUUUCUGGAUUUUUCUGUUACCAGUUCUCGAGCUGCUAACCGUGGCAUUCUCCUUGCUGAUUCCCAGUCUGAUGAGGUUUACAGCAUCAGUGCUCAGUCUUCUUCAAUCACUCGUGCCGCGUCUUCCUCCACGCCGCCGGCUUCGGUUUCAGCUCUCGAAAGAUUGAAGCAGAGAUUGAAUGAAUUGUGGCUUUCUGCAGUUCGGAAAUGGCCUACGGUACACUUAUGACUUAUGCACCUAUAACCUUGGUAGAAUGUCUUUCGUAGUUACUGUCUCUAUGAUGCUUGUUCAUCCCGGUUCUCCCUAUAGCUCGAGAUUUCUGCAGUUGGUCAUAUGUGCCAACCUGAUGUUCUUUUACUUUGAAGGUCUCUACUAUCAUAUAUCGAAACAUGCUGCAGGCAUUCAUUAUGUGUUCAUUGGAAAGCCAUCUAACAAAGUUUAUCAGUAAGAUUGUUAAAUUUGUAUCAAUUUAGAAGAAGAGAUAACAACAUCAGCUCAUGUAUGGCUGCAGUGUAUUCCAUUACCUGUUAAAGACAAGCCAAAGGUGGCUGUGUGUUGGUUGUUGCCUUACAGAUGUCAGAUUCAAUUUUACUGGCCAACGGCUUUUAAAAUGAAAAGUUGUGGGGUUCACCUGUAUGCUUGUCAACAUCAACUGAAGUUGAUCUAUCAGGAAGCAAUUUUGUUAUUCUUCCUACCUACGUUGGCAAAUUUGUCAACUUGUGGAAACUGGACUAGCACUGUUGCAAGAGGCUUCAAGAAAUUCCUGAUCUUCCACCGUGCUACUCCAAAUAUCUUUACCGACUACUCCAAAUAUCUUUACCGACUACUCCAUGCUCUCUCAGUCCUUGCAUUGCUUUUCUGUUUUGGCAAAUCAGUGUCAAUUCUUAGAGUCCUAGAUUUUUCAUUUCUAUUAUAUCAUAGUCUCUUGUGUCAAGUCAGUUUUAUUUGUAUUGAACCAUCACUUUUAUCUAGUGCAAGAAACAUAUUUGUGUUAGAUGAUUGUGGUGUCCAUCAUGGACUCCUGCUUUAUCUCUCUCAGUCCUUGCAUUGCUUUUCUGUUUUGGCAAAUCAGUGUCAAUUCUUAGAGUCCUAGAUUUUUCAUUUCUAUUAUAUCAUAGUCUCUUGUGUCAAGUCAGUUUUAUUUGUAUUGAACCAUCACUUUUAUCUAGUGCAAGAAACAUAUUUGUGUUAGAUGAUUGUGGUGUCCAUCAUGGACUCCUGCUUUAUUAUUUGUAGUAAAAUGGAUGAUAUUUUCUGCUUGAUU